AUGGGCUGCAGCGACGUCGUCGGCGGCGAUUCUCCGAAAUUACCGCCGGACCAGGAGGGAGAUGCGGAGCCACAAUGGCCGCCGGUCGUGGUGGACGCGGAGUGUUUCUCCGAUGUCCGGCUCAGAGACGCUCCUAUACUUUGGUUCGUUCAUUUCCACAAGGCACUGCGCGAGGAGAUAGCUGACCUCCACCGUCUGGCAGUCACGGCCUCCGAGAAAGAGAGUGUGCCUCGCCGACCCGAGCUGGUACUUGAGCUCCGUCGAAGAUUCGAUUUUCUCAAACUUGCGUAUAAGUAUCACACAGCUACCGAAGAUGAGGUUAUCUUUCUAGCAUUAGAUACCCACAUUAAAAAUGUUGUCCAUACAUAUUCGCUUGAGCAUGAAAGCAUUGACAACCUCUUUGGCACUAUUUUUCAUUGGUUGGAUCAAUUGGACGAAAACAAAAAUGGUUUGAAGCCCUUUCAGGAACUUGUAGUUUGCAUCGGCACCAUGUUGUCCUCCAUUUGCCAGCAUAUGCUGAAAGAAGAAGAGCAGGAUAGGCCUCUUUUGGAUGUCAAGGAGCAAACACUUCAUAUUGGUGAAACUGAGGGUCAUCCGAGGCUCGAAUUGUACAUUGUCUUUAAAGAGUGGAAGAUAGAUGACAAUUUAGAGAAACCUGAAAAAGGUUUUUCCUUUGCUUAUGCAGCAAUUCUCUCCCAGCGAACAGGCUUCACUUGUAUGGCAGUUCAUUUGCAGCGUCCCCGUGAUUGUGCUGGAGGAUUUGUUGCCAUGGACGUGGUAAUUUCUUGGCUUCUUAGAAAUGAUCACUCCUCUCCUGGGGCAUGCAUCAAGAUUAGACAAGGAAAUCAGGAUGUAUCCAACAAGAUGAAAAGCCCACAGCAAUUGGAAUCCUCUAAGAGGCUUUUGGAACAAAAUCAAGAAAGGAGAGAAUAUUGUGUCCAAACUGGCGUUGGAAAAAGUCUGGUUGAUUAUCUACAUCUUUGGCAUUUUGCCAUCCAGAAAGAGUGGAAAGAAAUUUUGGAAGAGUCAUAUCAGAUUAGAAACUUAACCAGUGCUUUAAAUGUAGAUUCAAUAGUUUUCAGGCUAAAAUUUCUUGCUGAUGUGAUUAUCUUUUACAGCACUGCAUUGAAGAUGUUCUUCUACCCUGUGUUAAAGCAUGCGAAUAAGCACUUGUUCCCCUCCUCCAGUGAGCAGUCCCCCAUUGAAAAUCACAUAGAAAGCCUACAGAAGUUGCUGUACUGUCAAAAUGGCUCACCCUUGUGCAACUUUGUAGAGAAGCUUUGCCAAGAGAUGGAAUCUUUGGCAAUGAAUCUUAGCAAACAAUUUCUUUUUCUUGAAACAGAGGUCUUUCCCUUUAUAAGCAAGAACUGCAGCCAUGAAACACAGCACCAGAUUUUGUACAUGGGCCUUCAUGUUAUGCCACUGGGGUUACUGAAGUGUGUAAUCCCUUGGUUUGCACUUCAUUUGUCUAAGGAUGAAUCCAGGUCUAUUCUUGAUAGCAUGAAUUUGGGAGAUGUUGUAGCCAAUAAAUCUUUUGCAUCUCUUAUGCUUGAGUGGUUCCGCAUUGGUUAUUCAGGCAAAAUCUCCAGCGAAAAUUUCUGUGAGGAUUUGGAGAAAGUGUUCAGGAGCAGAUUUUCAAUUCAACCUGAGCAAAUCGAGGAUGUUUUUUCCUUAUCCUCAAAGAUACAACCUUGUAAACAAUCUAAAUCUAAUAAUAUAGAACUGGUCUCUGCAAACAAGGGGCAAAAAUCUCCGUCUUAUGCUUUAUCUCCUGGUUCCCACAAAGGUAAGGCAUGUGACACAUCCUACUCUAGUGAAAUAAAUCUGCAUAUAUUUUUCCCUGGAACAAUAAGGGCAUUGCAUGCUUUCCCUAAAUUACCUGGUGAAGAGAGUUCUUCUGCUCCAACUAUCAAUCAACCAAUACCAAUGGAUCUCAUUUUUUUCUUCCACAAGGCUCUCAUGAAAGAUUUGGAAUACCUUGUCUUUGGUUCAGUUAAACUGGCUGAAAACGUUGGAUUCCUAACAGAGUUCCACCGACACUUCCACCUUCUGCAGUUUCGGUAUCAAUUCCAUAGUGAGACAGAGGAUGAAAUUGCAUUUCCGGCACUGGAAGCUAAGGAAGAAGUUCAAAACAUUAGCCUCUCCUACACCAUUGACCACAAGCUUGAAGUUGAAUACUUUAAUGAAGUUAGCCACUUGUUAGAUAAGAUGUCUGAAUUGCACAUUUCAGCUUCUUCUGAUGGUCCAGAAAAGCAGGAUAAUUUGAUGGUGAAACACAAUCAACUGUGUAAGAAACUCCAUUAUACAUGCAAAUCAAUGUAUAAAUUACUGUCUGACCAUGUUCAUCGUGAAGAAGUUGAACUUUGGCCCUUGUUUAGAGAAUGCUUCUCCAUCCAGGAGCAAGAAAAGAUCAUUGCACGCAUGCUAGGGAGCAUUAAAGCCGAAACGUUACAAGACAUGAUACCCUGGCUUCUUGGUUCUUUAACACCUGAAGAACAGCAUGCAAUGAUGAUUUUAUGGCAUCAGGUGACCAAAAAUACAAUGUUUGACGAAUGGUUGCGAGAGUGGUGGGAAGGGCAUGAUAUAGCUGAUGUGGCAACGGAGUUGAAUACUUUGUGUACUGCAGAUCCUCUGGAUAUUAUUGCAAGAUAUCUGCCUACAGAAGCCCUUGACAAACAAGGUGAUGCUCUCCAUGAUACCAUUGAGUUUUCACAAAGAGACUUUUAUACCGUUAAUAUUGAGAAGCAAGAAGAAGAAAAUUUGGAUGAUAAAGCAAAGUUACAUAACAGAGAUCGAAACACUGAUGAAUGUUCAGAAUGCAAAAAACUUAUUUGUGGGGGUGACAAGAAGAGAUUUAAUGAAGUUUCUGAUCUUACAAAUAAGAUUGAUAAACCAGUCCAGCCUUUUCAAUUAACUCUGAAGUCCAGGUUUCAUGAGCAGCUUCUGACAAUGAGUCAGGACGAUAUGGAGGCAGCAAUAAGAAAAGUAUCUCGCGACUCAUCCUUAGAUCCUCAGAAGAAAUCAUACAUAAUCCAGAACCUGAUAAUGAGCCGAUGGAUUGUUCAUCAAAAGAUAUCUCAUACAGAAGUUACCAUCUCAAGUAAUGGGGAAGAAAUCCCAGGUCAGCAUCCAUCUUAUCGGGACUCUCCAGAACCAAUCUUGGGUUGCAAACACUAUAAAAGGAACUGUAAGCUUGUCGUGCCUUGUUGCAACAAGCUUUAUACAUGUAUACGUUGCCAUGAUGAGUUGGCUGACCAUUCCACUGAUAGGAGAACCAUUACGAAGAUGAUGUGCAUGAAAUGCUUGAUUAUACAGCCAAUUAGGGAAGCAUGCUCCACUGUCUCCUGUAAUAAUUUAUCCAUGGGAAGAUACUAUUGCAGGAUCUGCAAAUUGUUUGAUGAUGAAAGGAUCUGCAAAUUGUUUGAUGAUGAAAGAAAUGCUGAAUACACAUGUGGCAUUUGGACUUCAGAGGUGAAGGUGGCUCUGAAGAAGAUGAGCAUAUGGAGAGCAAACAGUCUUGGCGGAAUUCCUAUUGAAGUUUGGAAAACUAAGUGGAAGUGGAAAUGUGGGAGUGGUGUGGGUGAUGAAAGCAUCCAAUAA